UAUUCACACCGGAAGUGCUUGUGUCAGUCAGGACCCAAACAAACAAGACGUGUCUGUGAAAGUAAAUAGCAAAGUUGUUGUUUAAAUGACAUCGACUAGAUGCCUUAUUAUCCACAUGCACUAGUUAUAAGAAAUAGUUGAUAUCGGAAUAAGUCUGUUCCUGUACUUUGGCUUAGCUAAUCUUAGCAUUAGCAAUGUUAGCAUGUUAGCAAUGUUUAGCCGCCAUGGCAGCUUGCUUUCCUGCCCUCACUGCUGCUCCGUCAUUAAAUCAAAAACAACGAAGGGCCGCCUCGAGGAAGGAAAGAAGAAAAAGGAAACGUCAAGCCAUCGCCCAAGCCAGACAAUGUGAUUUACAUAACGGGGCGUCUGUUGAUCCUCCUGAUGAAGAAGACAACGAAGAAGAAGAAGACAGUAUUGUUGAGGAAGAAAGACAGCGGCUGCAUGAGGAGUGGCUGCAGCGUGAGCGUCUGGCACAGGAGGAGUUCAGGCUGAAGUCGGAGAGGAAGGACGCUGCCAGGAAACGCAAAGAAGACGAGGAGCGCUGCAUCAAGGAGGAAUGGGAGGCCCAGCAGAGGCAAGAAGAAGAAGAAAAGGAGCAGAAGCUGCAGGAGAAGCGAGGCAGAGAGGAGGCUGCUCAGAAAAUGUUGGAUGAAGCAGAACAUCAGCUAAACACUGAAGGACCUUGGAUGAAUCCUGAAGCUCCAAAGUCUGAGAAGUCUGAACAUUUUGGCACAGAGCGAGACGCAGCCAACUGUCCUUUCUUCCUCAAAACUGGAGCUUGUCGAUUUGGGGACAGAUGUUCUCGGAAGCACAUCAGUCCCAGCAGCAGCCCCACUCUGAUGAUCCGCAGUAUGUUCCUGACCUUUGGCAUGGAGCAGUCUCGACGCGACGACUACGAUGGAGACGCUUGUCUGGAACACAGCGAAGAAGAUCUGCAGGAAUCUUUCGCCGAGUUCUAUCACGACGUUCUACCAGAGUUUAGGAGCGUUGGCAAGGUGGUGCAGUUUAAGGUGAGCUGCAACUAUGAACCUCACCUGCGAGGGAACGUGUACGUGCAGUUUGAAACUGAGCAGCAGUGCAAAGACGCUCUCAUCAAGUUCAACGGGAGGUUCUACGCCGGCAAGCAGCUUCACUGUCAGAUCUGUCCUGUCACUCGCUGGAAGAACGCCAUAUGUGGACUCUUUGACAGGAACAGAUGUCCCAAAGGCAAACAUUGCAACUUCCUGCACGUCUUCAGAAACCCCGCCAAUGAGUUCUGGGAGGCGGACCGGGACCUGAACCUGUCCCCCGACCGCAGCGUUAGAGGAAGCCAGUCGGAGCGCAGCUGGCGACACCGUCAGCGCAGCGCCAGUCCUCCCAGGUCCCAGAGGUCUCACAGGAGGACUUGGCACAGGAGGGACACGCAGCGCAGCGCCAGGAGCAGAAGCCGAGACUCCAGGAGCAGGGAGAAGGACUCAAAGAAGCAGGCGAGGAACAACGGCAAAGAUGAGAAUGGAGACAGAAGACACGGCUGGGGGCGAGAUGCAGAAAGAAGCAAAGAACGGAGAGAGAAGAAAGUCGGUCUCAGCCCGGAGAAGAAGGAAGGAAAACAAGGUCGCCAUCACAAACACUCCAAGAAGAGCAAGAAGAAGAGCAAGAAGAGGAACAAGAAGAGGAGUUCCUCUGCUGAGGACAGGUCUUCUUCUUCUGGACACUCGCAUGGAGACCAAGAAGAUCUUCUGGAGGACAAAAGGAGUGAUGAGCAGGAAGUUUGUGCAGGAGAAAGUCCCAAAGCUUUUGUGGAAGGAGAGCAAAGCAAGAAGGAAGAUGCUGGAGAGAAGUGACAGAGGUCACAUCUUUCUUUUUAUUCUCCACUAGAAACUUCUGAGCCGUCAGGUCAGAGGUCACAUGUUUCUUCUUAUUUCCUUACAAUAAAUAUCUGGUGAGUCAGGUCAAAGGUCACAGGUUUCUUAUCUUGACAGCGUAGAAUCAGUGGCAGUGCAAGUGCAAGACAGACAAGUGCUUUCACUUUGCAGACAUUUAUUGAUGUAACUUUCUGUCAAACUGUAAACACGGGUGAAGAAAUACUGUUUUGGCUUCCUUCUGAAGGCAGUGAGACUAUUCAUCUGUUGUUGUCCUGCUGCAUCUUGAAAAGUCAACUAGUCACCAGGCCGGGUGGCUGAGAGACAAAGUAAACAUGAUGCCUCUACUAGCA